AAGAUGCUUGGCCGACUCGCCGCGACGCGCGCGCUCAAAGGUCUGCACCGCCAGCUGCGCCCUGAGUGCGGAGCUGCCUCCAUGUCCACUCGAGUGCAUCAAUACGACAAGGAGCGUACCAAGUACAAGCAACCUCCCUUCGAGGACGUUCUGUUCGGCCAAGAUGUGAACGCCCGCAUCGUCACGUUGAACCGACCCAAGGUCCUGAACGCGCUCAACUUGCCCAUGGUGCGCCAUUUGACGCCGAUGAUUCAGCAGUACGAGAAGAACCCGUCCGUGAACACGAUCGUGUUUGAAGGCGCGGGCGACAAGGCAUUUUGCGCGGGCGGCGACAUCCGGUUCCUCUAUGACAACGGCAAGGACCCCGAGACGCGCCACCUGGCGCUCGACUUUUUCCGCGAAGAGUACCGUCUCAACUACAUUUUGGCGACGAUGAAGACCCCCGUGAUCUCAAUCCUCAACGGAAUCACCAUGGGCGGCGGCGUCGGCCUGUCCCUGCACGGCAAGUUUGUCGUCGCGACCGAGAAGACAUCGUUGGCGAUGCCGGAAACCGCGAUCGGGUUCUUCCCGGACGUCGGCGCAUCUUACAUUCUGCCGCGAUUGGGCCGAAAGCUUGCCCAAAAAGACAAGUACGAACCGAUUGUGUCGGCGUCGCAGGCGUUGGCCGGGCAGGGGCUGGGCACGUUCUUGGCCUUGACCGGGGAACGCAUCAAGGGCGCGGAACUGCUGGCGUUGGCGCUGGCCACCCAUUACAUUGACGCCAAGGACGUGGACGUGCUCAAGGACCAACUGCGCGAAUUCAAAUUCCCCGACGACAUGCCGGAAGACACCCGCGAUGACAUGAUCGACGAAACCAUCGUGUGCAUCGAAACCACCACCGACGAAGUCGACGACGAGUUUUUGGAUACUGUGGAGGCGAUCUUUGGCGCCAAGAACGCCGACGACUCGGUUCAAGGCAUCUUCGACCGGCUCACGGCGCACAACAGUGAAUGGGCGACCAAGUUGCUGACCAAGUUGCAGUCCGUGUCGCCGUUGAGCUUGAAUGUGACACUGCGUCAAAUGCGCUACGGUGCCAACAAGACUGUCGACGAGUGCUUCCAGAUGGAGUACCGCCUCGCCAACCGAUUCCUCGACUCAUCCGACUUUUACGAAGGCGUUCGAGCCGUGAUUGUCGACAAGGACAACAAGCCCGCGUGGCAGCAUGCGCAUGUGAACGAUGUGACGGCGGACGAAGUGGACGCGUUCUUUGCGCCGUUGCCCGAGGACGAAGAGCUCGUGCUGUUCAAAGCUCCCACCACGCCCACAUAUGCCUAAGCGCGAACGAGACUAACUAGACGCUUCAGACUUGGCCACGAUUAUUGUGUUUGUUUGCUGGUGGAAUACAGUAAUCAGUCGCUGGACAAUUGCUGGACCUGUGAAAUCUCAUAUACUCGAACGAAGUUUCAGAGGUCUCAUCGCAUUACAAAAUGUAAUCUUUUUAGCCAAU